AUGCUUCCUGCCCUGUCCUGCUCUCCCCUCCUCCCUCCUCAUCUCACCACUCCUUCCCUCCUCCCGCUCCUCCUCUUCCUCCUGCUCCUCCUGCUCCCAGCACUUGCUCUCGCUCGCUGCCGGCACAACAUCUGCUCCUCGAGCCUGCAUCGUCUCGCAGCUCAGCCUCCUCAGCCUCCUCCUCCUGAGCACCAGCUGGACUGCUACAUCCUCGUAGUCCCCAAGGGUCCUCGUGACCGUGAGCGAGGAGCCGGCGGCGAGGGCGAGGGAGGAGCCGAGGCGGGAGGGAAUGGACUCUCCUGCUACUGUGAGGAGGGGGAGGCCCACCCAGAGCCCUUCGACGCCUGCAAGAAAAGCAAGAAGCUGUCAACCAUUCCACCUAUUACCAUUGACAGCUACAACAUCACUGACUGUGACAACAACAUUCAAAGUUACAACAUUCUCCGCGAGUCCAUCUUUCAUAGUUACAGCAACAUCAUCUUCAGCGGUUCGGAAGUCAACAUGAGCCUGAAGGCUCGUCGCAAGGGAACCUCGCUCUCUCUGUUGUGCCGCAGCACCCACAACCUCGCGUUGGAGACUUUCUGGACGAGAGAAAGUUCACGAUGA